AUGAAUCUUAUUAAUGUCUUAAUCCUUUUAAUAUUCAAUUCGAUAUUAUGGGGUUCAAUUAAUUCUGUGAAAAAUAAAAAAGAUCAAAAGUUAAAUGAAGAAACUAAUCAAAAUUUAGCUGAAAAGGAGCCUGAAUCAUCGGCUAAUCCUCAAAGUCAAAAAUAUAAAAAUGCGAAACCUACUGAAACUACAAAAAACAUAAAAGGAAUGAAUGAGGAUGAAAAAAAAUUAUGGAGAGCUAACUAUUGGAAAGAUUACAGUCAAAAGAAUAAAGAAAGGUUAAGAGAGCGUAAGCAAAAGUAUAAUCAAGAUAAUAAGGAAAAAAGGCGAGAAUAUAGUAGAAAGUAUACCGAAAAUAAUGAAAGAAAGAGAGAAUAUGAUCGAGAAUACGUAAAAAAUAAUAAGGAAAAAAGACGAGAAUAUAUGCGAGAAUACCGUUUAAAAAAGAAAAAUGAAAAAAGACAAAAGGAUUGUCUAAAUUUAGCUAACAUUCAAUCAGAUAAUGAUAAAGGAAAUUUACAUAAUGAUUGUGUAGAUAAAGGAAAUAAUCCGAUUGUUUGCGAAAAGAACGAUCAAGAAGAGAACGAUUCUUUAAAUCAAGGAUCUUCUCAAAAGUAUGAUCUUCCCCAUAUUGAGGAAGGAAAUUCAUCUGUUAAUCAACAAACGGAUGUUAACCCUCAAGAGAACCCUCAUGAAGAAGAAAAUGUUCAAAUGGAAAAUUCUCAACAAUUAAAUGAACUGAAUGAUUUGGAUUAUCUGAAAUUUUUGUCUGAUAUUAAUUAUUUGGAUAAUUUAAAUUUCUUAAGAAAUUGUGAUGAUAAGUAA